UGCGCCUCACGACAUCGUUGCGCGCGAGCAGCGGUCGCGGUCACGAGUGCGCGCCAGCAAAGGCGAGGACUCCACCUUGUCAAGUCCUGAGUCGUGACAACAGCGCACUACUCAAGACUCGACUCGCGACUCUACGCAGCAGCUAUCCAGAGAAACACGACGGGGGCCAAUCCUUGAGACCCAACACUCGCAACCUUUCUUUCAGACUGGCCGCCUUGCUCCAAAUGGCAGCCCUGUCCUGCACGACGGCCAGAGUCAUCAGUCUCCGGAGCUAAUCCAAUCCCUUACACCUUGCUCUCUAGCACUGGCGCCAUGACAUCCACGUCGAACGAGCAUGCACUGGGUAUGCAGUCUCUCCACGAGUUGGACGAAUGGCUCAGUAGCAACCUGCCAAAUGUGCACGCCUUGCCACAGAAGGUUACCAACUCGAUUCACGAAUAUACCACGAUUCUCUACACUUCAUUGACCCAAUACGGUCCACCAUCGCUGCCCAACAUCCCGUCGCUUCCCAGUCUACCUGACUUCGUAGCUGGUCCUUCCAAGCCUGCACCUCCACCGCCUCCACAGUCCAUCACGGAUCGCCUGGCGCGAUGGUGGAGCGAUCAUCCCCAUGCUAUCGUGCUGCUUAGCGUGGGCGCAGGUGUAGGGUUGAGCGCCGCUGCUGGAUACGCCUUUUACGCAAGAAGUGAUGGGCCGGUUCGAGGCCCAGAGAUCAGGAAUGGCAGACGCGCAGAGGCCGUGGUGGUACUGGGAGGUGAUACGCCUCUCGGGGAGCAGCUCACGAUCACUCUUUCAGCCCAGGGCUUCAUCGUCUUGCCGACGCUCGCUUCCAGCGCCUCCCAAGCGGCCUUCACGCGGCAGGUGCGACCCUCUUCGCAGGGGUACGUUAAGCCUUUAUUACUCGACACCUCGUCGCGGGAUCAUACUGGCACCGUCGAAACUAUGAAAACCGCUCUCAAGAGCGCUUUGGAGCUCAAAUGGCCUUUGACAGGAGCAGGCGAUCCCUUCGCCAGGGCCGGAGAGCGUGUCAGGCUCUCAGGCGUCAUCAAUGCCCUAAGCUGGGACGAGCGAGGUCCUAGCGACGACAAUGGACGCCAGCUUGCCCCUCAAAUCGAACAGUAUGUCUCGCUUCCCUUUGCUGCCCUUCACGCCCUCGUAUCGACACUGCGAAGUCCGGUGGAUGGCCGAUGGGCUGAGCACCCUGCAACGGUUCUCACCUUGGUGGCGCCAAAGCUUUCUACGCCUGGUGCAGCCUCCGUCACAAGGGCAGCUGCUCUCGAGUCCAUGCGCUCGCUAGCUCACGCUUGCGCAAAAUCCCACGGCACGCAGUCCCGUGUGAUUCGGUGCGCGACGCUCCAGAUCGCGCCGCUUCGUUCUACGUCCGAAUCAAGCGGCACAUCUCGCGCACCCAAACGUACGACCAUCAACCCGCGUGGAGAGACCAUACCCUCCACCAAGACAUCACAGGUGCUGGCAGACCCAAACGACGAUCUGUCCAUUCUGUCCAAGACUACGGCACGUCUCCUCUUGUUACCCACCUCAACACGCUGGAAGUCCUUCUACGUUGUCGGUCCAGCGCUGCGCACGAGAAUGACGAGCUUCUUGACUUCACGCGCCCCUGAGCAUACGUUGCACUGGCUGCGCCAUGUGCUCGUCGGUGCACCGGGCACAAUCUGGAAUCACUCGGUUGCUGUCUCCGCGCGCUGGAUAUCCGCUUUGCGGCAGCUUGGCCCUCGGCUGGGCUUCGGAGGCGGCACACCAAGACGGCAGCCCGCUUUCGGUCCUGGACCAGGUCCUGUAAGCAAUUCGCAUAGCCGAACGUCCAUAGGUCGUGCAGGGCCCGCGUCUGGUGCAGCGAGCGGAAGCACCUCAAGCGGUAGAGGGCGCUCUCACAGCUCGUCUGGAGCACGCAAGACGGCCAGGCCAGCGUCCACCCACAGCGCCACUGCGAGCAGCGAGGAGGAUUCCAAUGGACCGUCCAGCAGCAAUGGAGCGGCGGGCAUGGAAAGCUCCGGACUCUUGAGCAGCGUUCCCAGUAGCGCUUUUGGUGACGGAGACCACCUCAGCACUCAGGGCGUCGAAAGUCCAACGCUGAGCUCGCGAGGUCCUAACAGCCCGCACUGGGUUCCGGCGAGUGCUAGCAAUGCAGACGCUUCCGAAAGCUCUGUCUUUGAAGACUACGCAGGCACGACACCUAGCGCCAGCAGGGUGGCUUCAUCGUCGGGGUUCCAUUUGCCUAGCGAAGCGUCAAGCAGGCACGGUGCAGCUCAUGCAGAAGAGGGACCUUGGAUGGGUCCACCGAGCAGGGAGGCUCCCAGUCCGCACUUGGAUCCGCAUCAGGGAACCCGCUCAGGCAUCGAUAGCCCACUGGGUCACAGUUGGGUCGCUCUGGGCCAAUCAGAGACUGAGCACGGAUCGUCUGCUCCGCGCUGACCAAUACGCCUAGGGUGUCUGGCUUCGCUUUUCCACUCGAGGUUUGCAGACUUUGCAUCUCUUCUGUAUUCACUCUCCUCUUGCUGUCUCUUGAUUGCUUCCUUCACUGUACUCUCUUGGACUUCAGUAUGCAUGACCUCGGCCCUUGACUUUGCUACGGCGGCCCUGCUUACUGACACGCAAAAUAGCGAAGGCCCCCUCUGGUCAAGCUCCUCUGAGGCGGUGGCAACGAAUGAGCGCCACAUAUGAAGCAGCCUAUCCUGCUGCGCAGCACAAGUGCCAGUUGGAUGUAAGUUUCUCAGAGUUGAUCCUCCGCCCAAGAAGGUAGCCGG